CUGCUAUUUACAGUCGCGAGCGGUUGGGCUCUGCCCGCGUGUGUUCGAAUCGCACAGGUGACGACUUUUUUUGGAUGAGCCUUUAGAGGUGACUUCCUUCUUAUCUCAUUUCUGGGACAAUCCAUUCACAUAUGCAGACAGAUAACCAUUUCUUCGCGUCGUUAACAUCAGUCUCGUCGCUCCUCACUCGUGCACACAUGUAAAGCACCCAAGAUCGCGUUUGUAUAGGCGCCCAUUAACAUUCUAUUUCAAGCGACGAUGAGUGCCAACAAGUACGCAGGUCUGCCUGAUAUUGAUACUGCGCCCGAUGUCUAUGAGACCGAGGAUGUAUUCCUCACUACUCAGGAAAACAAAGCCGAAUCCAGCGACGAUGAGUCUGCACCUUCAAAGACUCACGGAAAGAAGAAUGGAGAAGGGCCGUCCAAAGAAGAGCUGGACAUGAGCAGCCUAAUGGAACCAGACGAAGCCGGCAAGAAGUUCAGAAAACUGGAGAAGAGACACCAUAGGCCGCGGAUACAAUACGUAUAUCCACCCUCGCCGACGGAAGAGUCAGGUCGCACAUCUCCAAUCCUUUCUACACCUGCCCUUCCGCUGUCUCAACGAUUGAAGCGUCUUCAAGCUGAACUUGCGGCCCUUGAGACAGAGCUCGCUGAUCCUUCAAAUCCCCUACUGCACAAAGAACGCGAAGAAGGUCGCGUCGAUCCAGGUGAACUCAUUAGAGGAAUGGUGGAUGUCAAGGGCAGGUUGGAGAAGAUUAGCAAGGUCAAAGAGGGCAGAGGGAAACUUGUUAGCGUAGUCCUCGGAGAGGCCGACACGUUGAAUUUCGAGCAAACCGAAGCAAAAGACUCAAGUAGAGAGAAGAGUCCUGAAGAGAAGGACGUGAAACCACACACGGAGGUCAGAGAUAUUGCGGAAAUGGAUAAGCGCGUUGGAGAACUGGAGAAACUCAUUGGAUCAUCUGGUACCGCUCUGGACGAGCUUUCACCAUUACCACCACCGAUACUACCACUCUUGACGCGACUGAACACACAACUCACCCUGCUCACCCAACCCCGACACAUAGAUUCGAUCUCUAGACGUCUCAAAUUACUUCUCUCGGACUUAGACCGUGUCUCGAACGCGAAUGCGCAACAUCUCAAUGCGUCUCAACGCCGACAAGGCUCGCAUCAUGCACCAGUCUCAUCGGCAACCUCCCCUCAUCCUUCUUCCCCAUCCAUCUCCACCCAAGUCGCCACAUCAACUCUUCAAGAGCAGCUUACACCCAUCCUGACGCGUUUGUCGCCAAUGUUACCCCAUAUACCCCAUAUACUCUCUCGGUUACGUACGUUGUCUACUCUGCAUACCCAAGCUGCAUCAUUCCAGAGCACGUUGGAGAGUUUGGAAGAGGAACAAAGAAAAGGCAGAGCUGCUUUGGAGGAGUUGCAGCGUGCGGUGGAAGGCGUGGAGAAUAGCUGGAAGGAGAAUGAGAAUGUUGUGAAGACGAAUGUGAAAGUUCUUGAGGAGAGAGUUGAGGAGGUUCAGAGAAGGUUGGAGGACCUAUCGAUUACUCGAGAGUAGGUUUGGCACGCCGUUCGGAUUUCGUUUAUGGUAUACCCAUUCUUCGAGCUCGCCGGGUUUUGAGGCUUAUUCAUGAAAAGUCACUGAGAUCUUUGAAGUUACCAUGAUAUCGUUCACAUGCACGCGUAAUCGGUGUGUCAAUUAAUAUUCAUAACGAAGAAGACUCAAAAGAACAAGAAUCGUAAUACAAAUACACCAGCUAAUCGUUACGAAUAAACAAGGGGUUGUGUCAUGUCAUUGAAG